AUGCGGCGCUUGCCGCUUGCGCUCGCGUGCUUCGCCGCGACGGCGACGGCGCUGCGGCUGACGAGGGCGCCGCUCAGCCGUGGCCAGCGCUCGGGCAGGCUGUAUGCGCAGAGCGGGUGGACGACGGGCACGGACCCGGACGGACGGGUCUUCUACGUCGACGGUCGGACUGGCCAGUCUCAGUGGGAGCCGCCCCGGGACGUGCCCGCGGGCUUUGGUGAGCAGGUGGUGUGGCGCAUCACGCCCUUCAACGGCGUGUGCUCCGAGUACGCCGUCCGCAAUGGCGAGGAGCAAAUCCUUGGCCGCUACGACAUGCUCGAGCAGAAGCUCACAGUGAGCCGCGCGCAGUGCGUGCUCCGGGUCGCGGACGACGGCACCGCCACGCUCGUCUCGGUCGGCAGGUGCCCGACGACCGUGCGUCCACGCGACGGCGCCCCGUGCUUUGGGCUCGAGGCGAACUACCCGUUUCCCUUGAAGGCCUUCCAGUACGUAGGCAUCGACCCGAACGAGCCGUGGGGAGCCGUCUUCACCUGCCAGGUGGAGCGGGCGGACGGCUUUGGCUACCCGCAGCCGCAGCAGCAGCAGAGACACCAGGGGCGUGGCGGCUGGGUCACGGCGUUCGACGAGGCGACCGGCGAGGCGUACUACAUCAAUGAGCAGACUGGCCAGUCGCAGUGGGAGCCACCGUAG